AUGGACGCGCCAUGGUUCUACCUCAACGCCGACGUCCUCCGCCUCGUCCACAAGCGCCUCCCGUGCCUCGUCGACCGCCGCCGCAUGGCCCGAGUCUGCCACAACUGGCGCGUCGCCGUCGCGCCGCAGCCGCAGCCGCCGCCGGGGACGAGGCCGCUCCCGUCGAUACUCGUCCGGCGCGCAUACAGGACGUCCUUCGCGUGCGCCCUAGCCGGCUGCGCCACCCACGGCUUCGGCCACCCGCUCCCGGCCGACGCACGCGCCGCGCGCUACUUCGGCGCCUACGACGGUGGCUGGGUCUUCGUCUGCUUCUACCGCACCCUGGACUAUGCGCUCCUCAGCCUCCGCGGCGACGAGAAAUUACCCCUCGCUGACGUCGAGACGCUCACGGACAUGGUGGCCGCGACGCUCUCUUCGCCACCGGACGACGAACACUGCCUCGCUGCCGCCAUCGGCCACAGCUGCGUGAUGUACGAUCCACGCGUUCAUGUGUUCUGGCGCAUGGAGCAUCAAGUUGAGGAGAAGGCGACUGCUGUUGAGUCCGUCACCACGUCAGUUCUGGAGGAUGUCAUACACCACAAGAAAGCCUUCCAUUUCCUCACGAAAGAAGAAAACCUCCAUGUUUUUUCGGUACCGGGCUUCCACGAAGACGACGACGGCAAUCUGGAGAUACCGGCCAAGGAGGUUCGCCGCUUCUCGCGUGGUGGGCGAGAUUACGGCGGAGGCUUCGCUGUUCGUUACCUGGUGGAGUCCGGCGAGAGUCUCCUCAUGGUCGUCAGGCUCGUUCCUCAUCCUCCCCUCUUUCCGCCGACGACAUGGGCGUUCAAGGUGUUCGAGAUGGUGGAGACGCCGCUGGGGACUCCCAUCAACAACGACGAGGCACCAUACGCUUGGAAGGAGCUGGAAUCGCUGGGUGGGCGGAUGCUGUUCGUCUCGCGAGGCUGCUCCAGAUCGUACGAUGCGAACAAGUAUCCGGGCGAUGAGUUCAAGGAGGGCGUCUACUUCCUGGAUGACGGGAGACUCUACGAUGAGGCGUCCCAAUUCGUGAAUCCCCUUCCCCAGUACCCCUGCAGCGACAACGGCAAGUGGCUGCCGCCGCCGCCGGCGGCGGCGGCGGAGGCGGUUACCGGCCGCGUGGACAAGCUCUUGCCGGAGCAAGGCCCGUCGUACUACACGUCGCCGGUUUGGAUUCUGCCGUGAGACUGCCAUGUUCUUAGUUAGAUCGUCUGAUGACUUGUUGUCGUGCUGAUAUGGUGGUUGUUGAUUUGUCCAGUUAAUCGAUGAUGUGUUCUCGAGAUCCAUGUGUACCUGCAAUUGCUUGAUCCAUCAUAACAUCUCUUCAGUACUCUGCUAUUUUCACCAUGUUAGACUAAUGCAGAAAUUGUUGGUUCU